GCCCCAGCACAGACACUGGGACAGAGCAGGCUCCUCACGGCUCCACCAUGUCUGCACCUGCCUCCUGGCCCCAGUGUCCCUGUCCUGUCCUGCUGCUGACCCUCCUGCUGGGACUCACAGGAGCGGCUGCACAGGAGCUGCAGGUGAUCCAGCCUGAGAAGUCAGUGUCUGUCGCUGCUGGAGAGUCGGCCACUCUGCACUGCACUGUGACCUCCCUGCUCCCCGUGGGGCCCCAGAAGUGGUUUAAGGGGGCAGGGCCAGGCCGGGAGUUGAUCUACAGCUACAAAGAAGGCCACUUCCCCCGAGUCACAAAUCUCUCAGAUGCCACAAAGAGGGACAACAGGGACUUUUCCAUCCGCAUCAGUAAUGUCUCCCCAGCAGACGCCGGCACCUACUACUGUGUGAAGUUCCAGAAAUCGACCCCUGUUGAUAAGGAGUAUAAGUCAGGACCAGGCACCGAGUUGUCUGUGCGAGCCAGACCUUCUACCCCCAUGAUGUCAGGUCCUGUGACCAGGGCCACACCUGGGCAGAUGGUGAGCUUCACCUGCCAGUCCCAUGGCUUCUCUCCCCGGAACAUCACCCUCAAGUGGUUCAAAAAUGGGAAUGAGCUUUCUCAUACCCAGACCAGCGUGCACCCCACGGGAGAAAGUGUGUCCUACAGCGUGUCCAGCACAGCCCAGGUGACCCUGGCCCCUGGAGACAUCCACUCUAAGGUCAUCUGUGAAGUGGCCCACAUCACCCUACAGGGGAGCCCUCUUCGUGGGACUGCCAACUUGUCUGACACCAUCCGAGUUCCGCCCACCUUGGAGGUCUCCUCACAGCCCACCAUGGCAGGGAACCAGGUGAACGUCACCUGCCAGGUGAAGCACUUCUACCCCCGGAGCCUACAGCUGACCUGGGUGGAGAAUGGAAAUGUGUCCAGGACAGAAACAGGCUCGACCCAGUCAGAGAACAAGGACGGGACCUUCAACCUGAUGAGCUGGCUGAUGGUCAACUCCUCUGUGCACAGGGAGGACGUGACGUUCACCUGCCGAGUGGAGCAUGAUGGGCAGCCAGCCACCACCAGGAAAUACACCCUGAAGUUCUCUGCUGGCCCUAGGGAGCAAGGCCUGGACAACACCCCUGGAGCAGUGAUGUCUACAUUUGCUUCUUCAUACCUCAUAGCCCUCUUCCUUGGCCCCAAGAUCCUUCUAGGAGUUAGUGUCUCUGCCAUCUAUGUCCACAGGAAGCAGAAGUCCUGACUAUCCUUCAUCAUUCCUGCUGCCUGGGACUCUCAGUUUCUGCCACCUUCUUACUGCACUGUGAUGUUCAGCCUGAGGAAAGGAGCUUCAGAAAUGCCUUUAUAGAUGCUGUUCCAAAUGCCUCCUCCCAGGACACCCACGAGCCCACAGGCCCCUGACGCUCCUCUGCCCAGCCCUUUAUGCCCAAUGGCUGAGUCCGCACUCACAGUCUUGAGCAGGGCCCUGGGACCUGCCUCUGGGCUGCAACUCAUGACCCCUCCCCAGAAUGGGACUAGCAAGUCCCAUCGAAACACAUCAGGAUGACCCUCCUCUUUGCCUUGGGCUUGGCCAUCGAAACCCAAAGUCCUCACUCUCAAGAGUCAUUUUUUUUUUUGCCUGCCAAGCCCUCCUCUCCAGCCUUGUUGAGCUCCUCAAAAGAAACUCAUUCUGGUUUCAUAAGAAAAAUAUUCUCAGUCCUCUUUACCUAAGUGUCUUAUGCCUUAUAAUCAGAAAAAAAAGGUUUUUCUCCACCUGAAUGAUUUUCUACCUUAGCAUUUAUGAGCAUCAGUAUUAUCCAGGAUAAAGGCAGUCAUUGCUCUCCAUGAAUAGCAGGAUUGUAAAAGUCACCUUCCAAACUGAAAAUCUGGGAAGCCAUCUCCAUACUGACCAUGAAAAAUAAUGAUCUUGAAAAGCCUCCCUCACAGGCCAGGGGUCAGAGGCUGCCCAACAACUUCACCCAGAGCUUCAUCUCCAAUCCCAUAUCCAGCCCCAGGCUCCUUGGUGGGCCCCUCCCUGCUUCCAGGACCUGGCCCUUGAGGGUAGCAGCCCACAGCCAAGAGGAGCAGGUCCAUGGCCCAGCUAACUCUUAUCUGAAGACUAGAAAUAGAGCAGUCUGAAAAAUGGAAAAGCAGAAGAGGAGGAAGAUGGUGGGUCAGAGGGAGGCAGCAUUCUAUGUUGCUCUGUAAUCCAGAUCUCACCUAGUCAGAAUACUGCAUCUCUGAGAGUGUUACAAGACCCCUAAGCUCUCCUCAGAAAUCACCAGCGCUGUGACCACUGCAUUCAAGCAGGACUCCUGGCUCCCCACACCCAAAGUCUGAAGUUCUAGCCAACACAGGGCUUGAGCGCCUUAGCAGAAUCACACAUCAACACAUCUGCUGAUCUCCAAGACUUUGCUCUACUCCCACACAGGUCACUCAGGUGCUACCUACCCACAGCACAAGCCAUUGCCCAGCUUGCCCCAACCCACCAGACAUCCCUGUACUGGAAACAGACUGCCUCCAUCUUGGCUCAAUAUUCUCACCAUAAUAGGUGGGGGAGGCUCCCAGUGGCCAGGUACCAGGUUUUCAACUUCCCCCCUCCUCAGUUGUGGUAACCAACAAAAUAGCUGCCCAACACAGGUGCACAGUGCAACCAGGGCGCCGCCCAUGGGAGCUCCAAUGUGAGAGGUUCCUUGAUUGGGAACUGCUAAGGGAGAGAGAGACAGGGCUAAAGUUUGGAGCCUAACAGAGAAAUCAGGAACUGGGAAAUCUCCAGGCAAGAGAGGGAGACAGUACCGGGUGCUGAAGUCAUCUGAGUAGUCCCACAAAGGGACCCAUGAGGUGCAGUCUCCCUGCAGGGACUGGUGGUUGCCACUCCCUGCUUCCAGUCACCCUGCACUAGGACCAGCCUUCACGCCCUGGUUACAUCCACCACCCUGAAGGCAGAGACACCAGUUUACAACAGACAACCUCACCUAUUGGAUGACAAGAGAAGCAGGAAAGAUCUCUAAAACUAGUGACAAUCCUGGUUUCUUCUUUCAAGUAUUUUUUUCCUCUUUUUCUUCUAACCUCUAUCCUCUCACCCUCAUAUCCUCAACAUAUUUGAAAACAAGAACUUUCCAUGAAAUAGGAUUUUGAGAACUUGGCCAUCUGAAUAAUAUAAUAUAGAAGUGUUGUAUAUGCCCCCUUUCCUCCUCCUCCUCCUCCUCCUUCUUCUUCUUGAUUUUUAUUUCCCCUGCUGAAUUUUACUAUUUUAACAUCCUGUAUUUUUCUAAAUACAUAUGUGUGUUUGUUUUAUGUACUCUACUGUCAUCUCAUGUACUUUUCUACCCUGAAUUACUUCCUGUCUAUUCUAUUGCUACUAACCGUCUUCAUUAGAUUUCUCUUUCACACUUUCUAAGAUAUAUUAACUCUAUAUCCUCACAAACUACCUCCUCAGCAUAUCAUCCUAUGCCUAACCCCAAGUUCAUUGUCCUCCAUCAGAAACUGUAAACCCUUCUACAAAUUACUGUAUUUAUUAUAUAUAAUAAUUGAAUCUGACAUUUCUGUACAUUGAGACCAAACUGUAAACAUCUUAAUAACAACAAAUUGUUUAUAGGUGGUA